AUGUUGUUGGGGUUGGCGGUCCUGGUCGUCGCCCUCUGGCUGUACUUCGACACCACGACGUAUUUCCAAGUGUCGGCGAAAGCCACCGAGUUCAACAAGGGCCUUUAUGUCUUCAUCGCCAUUGGAUUCCUCAUGCUAGUCGUGGGUUUCUUGGGUUGCUGCGGGGCUCUCAAAGAGUCGCAGUGCAUGUUAUGCAGCUUCUUCGUGUUCCUCCUGAUCAUUUUCGUGGCCGAGGUGACAGUGCUGGUCUUGGCCAUGCAGAACGAAGACCAAUUGUCCAAGUUGUUCAAGGACAGUAUGAAGACGUUGGUGCAGACUGAAUACACUGGUUCCGAGUCCGAAUCUAAAACUGCCAUUCUGAACGACAUCCAACAACAGAUUGAAUCGAAGGAAGGACUGAAAUGUUUCGAUUGA